AGUAAACACAACAACAACCAACAAGUAAAGACAACAACAGUCACAACACAAGCACAUUGGCAAGGCACAUUGGUCUGGUCAGGGUCUGGUCGUCUGGUCCUGGUCUCUUGCUUGCAUUUGUGAACUGUGAAGGGUACUUUCAAUUUUAAAUAUCUUAAAAUUUAGAAUAUAUUGUCUUAAAAUGAGCGGAGGGUUCAAGAAGAACACACGCAUUCGUGCACCAGACGUCUUGGGUACAAAGAUUUCGGUGGAAAACGCACAGUUGCUUGUGUCAACAGGGGCCCCAGAAUUCGACAACGUCAUUGGUGGUGGAUUAGCAGUUGGAACUCUGCUCUUGAUUGAGGAAGACAGGAGCAACAGUUAUGCAAGUUUGUUAACAAGACUGUUUCUGGCUGAAGGUGUUCUUGUAGGUCAUCCACUGCUUGUUGCUUCUAAGGAUAAAAAUAUAGACACUCUGAUUUCAAGCUUGCCAGCUGAAGAUCAGACAGGCAAUGUACCAGAAAAUUCUAAACAGGUGUCGGAAUCAAGUGAUAUGAAAAUUGCAUGGAGGUACCAACACAUGCCCAACAACUCAUCUGACCGCAGCAACCGAUCUGUUCAAUUUGGUCAUCACUUUGACUUAAGUAGAAAUUUAGUACCGGAAGUGCUUUCGUCUAUUAAACUGACUCGAUGGAGUGGGGGCCCUGUGAAACAUGACAAAACAGCUGAAGACGUUUUGUCUCCUGAGAUCCAAACUUUAUUAGAAAGUGUGAAAAAUUCGCUAGCCGAACACAAUUGCUGGGUCCAAUGCAAUGUAUCGGGCGGCGAACCAGUCAAACAGAGGACUGUUUUACGAAUGGCAAUAUUAUCACUUGGUUCUCCAUUAUGGGAAAUAAAAUCUGAAAAGAUUCCAGUGAUAUUCUAUGCACUUCGAGCCAUUCUGCGAGCUUCCUGCGCUGUUUGUUUAGUCACCAUUCCAAGCCAUUUCUUCAACGCAGCAACUAUAUCACGCUGCAGGCAAAUCAGUGACUACAGUAUUCAACUAAUACCUGCCAUCCAUAUUGAUGGAAAAGUGAAUCCACUUCUCUCUGGCCAAGAUGGUUUAUUCAAAAUCAAUAAAUUGCCAUCAAUCAACACAAUUACUCCCUACAAACCAGCUACAUUGGAUCUGGGCUUUAAAGUGCGGAGGAAGAAAUUUUGCAUCGAGAAACUGCAAUUGCCUCCGGAAAUAGCUGAAAGUGAAGAGAGGGAGCAGGAUGACUUUGUAGGACCUAAAUUAUCACAAAGCUUUGGUGGCUGUGGAUCAGGUUCAAAUAAAAACCUGGAAUUUUAAUAAAUAUGUGAUAAUGUGAUUUAUUGUUUAUAUUAGUGAUUAAGCAAUAAAAUAAGUCUUUACUGGGAUGAAAGAUACGUGUAGAAUUUUCCAAAUGC